CACAGAACACCGCAACAGUGUGCCAGCGAGGUUUAUCACGGAAGGCGUUGGUAUUGUGGUCGUCGUGUAUCGAGUAGAUUUAUUUUGAUUAAAGUUUUUUCACGAAUGCGUUAUCUGGUUCCAUCUUCAUUUUUCAUAUUUUUAUUUAUUAAAUAUUAAUUACAACUUUGGUGUGUUUCUGUGAUUUUCCUUUUAAAGUCAAAUUUACAUUCAAAAGUGAUAUCAAAGAUUCAGCUAUUAUCGGUUCUAUGAUGUGAAUAUGGUAAUUUUGCUUCAAACGUCGGUGACAUGAUGUACUUCAAAUUGGUUGUAAUACUAAGUACAAGUGUUGGCAAAUUAACCGCGAGGCUGCAGAUUGGAGGAUCGGAAGUAGUCUGAUGCAUAUUACUGUCUACGAAUAUUUUAACUUACAAUAUUAAUACUAUCAUUGUGUAACCGGUGGCUGAGUAGUAUACAUGAGGUGGUCGAAGCAAAAGCAGGACACGGCCAAGGGUCGCAAACAGGAAACAACACCAUGUAUAGGCUUGGCGUAAAAUGGCCGAUCCAAACAAGAGUAAAGCGUUAUAUUCAUCUGGCGUGGCAUUCCUAGGGUUCGCGUGCUUUGCACUUGCCGCCACAGCCAUUGGAUUGCCACUAUGGGGCUACUUUGAAAAUCCUACAGGUGAUAUUUUAGCGUCUGGCAUUGACCGUGGACAUUUUGGACCAUGGCAGUUGUGUAAGCAGUCAUACCUUGGCAAAACUAAAUGUGGUGAUUCGAUAUCUAGGUUUCAUCCAGAUGAAACCGUAAGAAUAGCUGGAUACUUUGCCCUUUUUGGAACCUUCAGUCUUGCGGUGUUCUGUGUAUUAAGUAUAAUUCAACUAGCAAUGAUUGUGUCACGAGAAAAGGUAGUUAUUGCUUAUAGCAAGACAAUCAUUUCCAAAUUGGUAUUUGCGUUCGCUGCAACGUUGCUAUCAAUUAUUGCGGCUGGUUUAUUCGCCUUACAGACCGACGACCGAAACAUCACAUACCAAGUGACGAGAGGAGAAUCAUUUUACAUGCAGAUUUGUUUAAUCAUUUUAAACUUUUUAUUGUUUGUCGCCGCUAUUUAUGAUUUAAUAUUUUCUCGAAGAAUGGGCGGUGAUCCAACUAUAAGUUAUAGAGAUCCAACCGGUGUAGAAGCUACCACAUUCAACAAUCCUUCUUUUAAAGAGAAGAGAUCAAUAAAUCCCAGAGGACCUAUAUCAGUGACUGAUGCGAGUGGCAAACCAUACUUAAGUGGAGGAGUAACUAAUGGUGGUAGUACUAUGUCAAUGACCACUACAUUGAGUUCCAAUGGAUCUACAAUACUAGGAUCUCCAGCAGUUCGUAGCCCUUUACGGUCUUCUCUGAAGAAACCUAAAGCAACAAAUGGAAAUGGGUUUGGCAUACAGAAUCCAGGGUUUAGUGGUACAUCACCUACACUAUCCAGAAAUGGCAGUGUUAAGAAAGUUCGUAUACAAACUCAAAGCACAGCAGUAUAACACUACCAAAGACUUAUCCUGAAUAAAAGCCGGGUUUCGCACUAAAUUAUUAUUGAACUGUUAUUUUAUAUAUAUAUAUAUAUAUCAUUAGUUAUUAGGUUUAUUAUUUAAUCUUGCACUGAAACUGUCCUAGGGAAACCAAUAUUAUUAUUGUAGGAUAAGCAUAUUGUUUAUUCUUGGAGUAACAUAAAUAUUAUUGUUGUGGUACAUUGGAUUGUAACCUAAUCAAAAAAUAAAUAAUAAAUACCAUUAAGUUUUAAUGUAAUUUACUGCUAACAAAACUUCUAUUCACAUUAUUAUUUACUCAAUGAAUUUGUAAAAAAAAUUCCAUGUAUAACAGGUAUAUAAUUUUUGUCUUACUAUGUUUAUAAUAUGAUAAAUAUUGUUUAUUGUUUAUUAAUUCAUUAUUAUGAAUAUUUUCUUAUAACUUUCAGUUGACAAUUUUAAGUUUUAACAACAUAAAAAUAAUAUUUUUCCAAAUUUAAAAGAAAUUACAAUUUAUUGAUAAGAUUACUAUCAUUGAAACUAUACGAUUUUUUCCACUUAUUAUUUAAUUAUUCAAAACUUGUAAAUACUUAUGAAAUGUUAAUAUUUUUUUAUAAUUCCGUUUAAUUUAUGAAUUACUCAUAUUGUGCCAUUACAUUCAUAUAAAUGAUCAUUACUUUUUGAGUAUUUAACUUUAUUUUCUUAAAUGUUCAUGUUAAUAGGACACUAAAAUUACACUAAUUUUACUUAUGUAUCAAAUAAUUAUUAUUAUUAUUAUUAUUGAAUUUACAUAUUGGUAUGAAUUAAUCCUUUAAUUUAAAUAUAAGUACAUUUAUUUAUAAUGAUUCAAAUUAUUGUUGUAUACAACCUGUAAUUUUUUUUUUUAUCAAAUUCAGCAUAAACUUUUCUGUGUUUAAAUAUUUCUGUAGCACUUCUUUUUUUUAUAAAAUAAGUUUUUUCAUUAACUUGAUAAUUGUUCUUAGUUCAAUAUUAUCCAUAAUUAAUAAUUAACAAAUAUUUUUGAGUAUAUUUUUAAUAGAAUUAUUGAUAAAACUUACUAAAAGACAAUUCAGCCUAAAUUUACCAAUAAAUAAUUUGGUAGUAAAAAUAAUAUUUAAAAAACUGAAUUCUCUUAAAUAUUAUUAAAUACUGUUCUUUAAAAAUUGUGUGCAUAUCACAGAUCAUGCUUUAAGAUUCAAUUAAAAAAUGUGAUAAUAGUUUAAAAUAUUAUAUUCUUAAAAUUAAAAUAAUAUUUAUGGCUUUUUAAUAUAUUAUAUUAUAUAUAAUUAUAAGUUCUCUAAACUCGAGAUAUUUUUUAAUAUUUUAUUAGUAAUUAUAUUGUUAUAAUAUUAGUAAUUGUUAUUUAAAUUUACAUAAUUAAAUUACACUUGAAAUUUUUUAAAUAACACAGUAAUUGUUAAUUAAAUAGAAGUUUAAUCAACCAUGGUUUUUAACUCUGUACUAUUUUGUUUUUGUAGUAAAAGUGUAUCUAAUUUUUUAAAGAUUGCAUCAUUACAUUUGUGAUAUUUUUAUCCUUUUGUAUAAUAUAUGUGUAAAUAAUUUAGAAUUAAACUUUUUAACUGUUACAUAUCAAAUGUAUUGUAUACCGUCCAUUUAUUUAGUAUGAGUAAUUAUUAUCAAUUAGUAUAUAAAAAAGUUUUAUGAUCUGUUGUCUAUACAGAGUGAUUUACAAGUGUGCAAUAUGAGAUUAUAGUAUAACAUAUACCCAUUGUUGAAUGUUUUUCUUUUUGAUUGUAAUUCUGUUACACUUUUUUAUUGUAUAAUUGUUGUCAUACCAAUUAAUUUAAGAGUUUUGUUUUGUUAUAAUUUUUCUUAUGAUAUUAAACAUUUUAUUUAAAAAUAUUAAUUGAUUAUUUUUACAAUAAGUAAAAUGAAAAAGUACUAAACAGAGUGUUCAAUAAGUAAGGAGACAGGUUCAUUGUUACAGACUAUGAGAAUAAUAAAAACCAGUUUCCUUACUUAAUGUACACUCUAUAUGUGUUAAAUUAAUUCAUGUGUAUAUUAAAACUUUUGUUUGUUAAUAUGUCA